CAGCCGUUGACGACAUCGAGCCCCUCUUGAAAUACUAGACUCCUUCUUUGAAUCUUGUCUCGGAAACUCCUCGAACUUUGAUACAACAGGAGACCGUGGAAUGUUGCACAAGAUGGAGGACCCUGUAGCCCCAAUCCAACAACCUUCGGUAUUGGCCCAGGCCGAUAUCAAGGACCGUUUCUAUCGACACUUCCAGCAGGAAUGUACGGAAAUACAGGAGCAAAUAGCACUUCUCGAGGACUACAGUUUAGUUGGCGGAGAAAAACAAGAUGCUAUCAACCAUGUCCUUUCCGGCAUUAGCAGACUCUCGACAGAAGUCUCGGAUUCCUCAGGAUUGAUACCAGCGCAUGACCAACGGAUCUACGCACAAGCAAUCAAAGCCCUUGAAGAGAAACUUGAAGAAACCCGCUCCAAGUUUGCCCCAAGAUCAAGAUUCAAGUUCAAGACCACCCAGAAGAACUCAUCUGCUGUUUCUAUUAACGAUGCUGCGGAGCUUGCUGCAAAGCAGCGUCUUGAGCCUCCUAGUAUCUCAGGCACCGGCUCCUCUAAUGAGUCGUCAAUGGCAACUACUCCUGCCAACCUCAUGUCACCUCCUAACGAAAUUGACGCAAAAGAUACUCUUGGUGACCUGCCAUCCUUUCCUAAAAAUUACAACGAGGAAAUGACGAGAGGGUCCGCUGGACCAAUUCGGAAGCCAAGUUUCUCACAGGCAACAAACGUUAACAUCUCAGGUCAUAAUGGCCUUCACAUCAUCUUGCCUUCCUCGGCCUCCCGGGCUACGUCUUCUGGAUCUUUGACUAAACUCAAUAGAUGUAUUGUUGAUAUGUCUGUCCCAACAGCAAACAAUGCACCUUUUGCCGGCCUUAUGUUGAAGAACAUCAAGGGAUCUCUCAUAAUCGCUGGACAUGUCGCCGGGGCUGCUCAUAUCACUGGUGUCGAGAACAGUAUUAUUGCCGUGGCUUCAAGGCAGGCUCGUAUACACGAUUGUAACAAUGUAGAUGUCUACCUCCACUGUGCCAGCCGUCCUAUUAUUGAGGACUGCAGCAAUGUUAGAUUCUCGCCAAUUCCCCAAUGUUAUAUGACUUCCUCAGAGGAGCCUGUCCAGAAUCAAUGGGAUCAGGUCGAUGAUUUCAAAUGGCUCAAGUCAGAGCACAGCCCGAAUUGGAGCCUCCUCCCAGAAGAAAAACGUCUUCAGGAAGAGAUAUGGACUACGGUUGUCCCAGGCGGACCAGGUGUUGGCACUGAAGAUAUCCUGAGGAAGAUUGGAAUUGUUACUCGUUAGACCAAUACGUACGAGGUCAUCUGAACAUGGAGACAAAAUUGGAAUGGUCUCUUUCGGGGAUCGCAGAUUGUAAUCAUAGCGGUGGAGUCUAUUUGUUCCUAGUCUGAAGUGUUGAACGUAUGUCAAUAGGUGUCAUGGGAAUUUUGUGGUACUUUGCCGAGGCAAAUUCCAAAAACACUCUCAGUAAU